AUGUCAGCGGCAGUGUGUGCGGGGGGGUCGGGGGCGUUUAGGGGACACGUGCAGCGCGAGAUACCUGGGGCCCCCGCGGUGCAGCCGGGGUUGGGGAGGGCUGCGGCGGGGGCGGGGGGGUGGUCGAUUAGUGGAGCGAGAGCAUCGGGAAAAGCACCCCCCGGCGCCGCACGACAAAUGAGGAACGACAGCUUUGCAUGGCCCAGAGACACGAGUGCAUCUGCGAGUCACACAUCCUACUGCCUGAUGAGGCUCUACUGCCUUGAGGGUCUUACUUACUGCCUGAUGAGGCUCUACUGCCUGAUGAGGGUCUUACUUACUGCCUGA